AUGCCAGGAAUAUUUUACUUUCCAAUAAUAACGAUCAUGAAAAGGGAUGAUGCUUAUUUACAAAAACAUGUAUCGAGAACUAGGCCAAUUAUUUCUCGAAAGGACAUGGCGAUUGCAAAUCUGUGGCUUAGACAAGAGAGCUCGAGAAAUUUUGGUAAUUCCGAAAUUCGGGAUGAUGCGGGAAGAGGGAUAAAUGCUAGAAACCUAGAAUGCGACGAAACUGUGCUAGAUAUUGCAGAUUUUUCAUGGGGCCCUUCUGAGAAUGGCUUGGACCAUUGA